UUAAACUAUCAGGGGUAAAUUAUAAUCGCUUUUGAUGCUUUUUAAAAAGAAAUUACAAACAAAAGAAUUAAGGUGAAAGCACUAAAGGAAAUUCACAGACUGAAGGGAGAAUCCAUCACAAAAGACAUUGCUUUCUUGGCUAAUUAGUUGAUUCAAGGUGAGAUAUUUGCUUUUUGAAAGGACGCGUCCAAAUAAAAACCAAUUAAAGUAAAACAUCUUUAUUGUCUUGAUCCACGCUAUUUAAGUUUGGUGAUCAUUGUCCAGAUUCAGUCUUUGCACGUCCUGGCCUAAGCUUGAUCGUUUACUGUGAAGACUUUUUACGCUAGUUGUGCAGCUUUUCAGAAAUGGAUGAGUCGAUUUCGAAGUCUAUUUGUAAACAAGCCGAUGGUGAGAUUCCGAUAUCCACGCUUCGAUCAGACACGUGCCCCGAAACUGUGGUAGCUGAAACACAUUCUUCACGGGUCCAAGUUUCAAAGCCGAACCCAGAUGCGCAGGAUCAGAAUUCCAAAUCCAAAAGACGUUGCGAGGCCCCAAGGAAGAAAGCCUCGGCAACCAACAGAACGGCCAUGGAGGGCGAGGGCAGAACGAUUUCAGCGCGUCUCCGAAAUCAGGAACUCUGGAUGACGUUUCAUCGUGAGGAAACAGAAAUGAUUAUCACUAAGGCUGGGAGGUUUGUGUUCUCGUUCAAUUUGUACGUUUUAAGGGUAGAAACUAAAUGGGUUGUCAAAUUUUCAUGGUGUUGUUUGAAAGCAGUCAGAUUUUUCAAUAUUCCCUCCUUUCUUUUGCCUGUUGGGUGCGUUUUUCACCUAUUAUAUUUUUACGUACAGGCUAGACGAGACGUGAAAUAUUUCAAUAUUUUUCUUACAUUUUACCCAUAUUGCUUUUCAUUCCUACCUAAUGUCUCUAUGUUAAACGUUUUUAGGCGAAUGUUCCCUGUGCCAGACUUCUGUCUCGCCGGACUCGAACCCGACCAGUACUACGGCUGUUCAGUGGAAGUCGUCGCCGUUGAUCCUAACCGCUACCGCCACAAGCCCGACCAAGGGUGGGUCUCUGCUGGGAAAGGAAUCCAGUUGGACCACACUCACAGCAAAUACCUGCAUGUCAACUCGGCCAGCUUGGGGCAGUACUGGAUGGCGCAAGGAGCAACGUUUGACAAAUUGAAACUGUCCAAUCACAUCGUUCCAAACAGUGAUAACGUAAGUGAUCUGCGACUCGCGUACAAUCAACGUUACACUCUUCUUUUUGCAUUUUAUAAGAAUAUCGAGGUUGACAUUCGCGAAUUUGUGGUGGUCAGCUCCAUGCAAAAGUACCGGCUGAAGCUCGUUGUAACUAAACUGGGUAUGGGCCAUUGUGACAGAUGGGUGUUCAACUUCCCUGAGACCCAGUUCAUCACGGUCACUAGUUACCAGAACCCACGCAUGACUCAACUGAAAAUUGACAACAAUCCGUUCGCCAAGGCCUUUAGAGAAGGAAAGAGGUAUGCUUCUCAUUACUGAAUUAUAAUCAUACUGCGAGCCGAUCUUUAGAUAGUAACUGAGUUUCCUAGUGUUUGAUCUAAUUUAAUCUAAUCUUCGAUCUAGUGUGAAUCUGUACGUGACGAUUAUGGACCAUUGAGGACGUUUGAAAAAUCGAAAACUUUCUGUUCACAAUAAUAAGUUUAAAAAUUACCAUAUCGGAAUAAAAUAGAAAAAAAAACCACAUGUUUCAUAUUCAUCAGCAGGGGGUGCGCAAUCCCCCACCCCUUGAGAUGAAGUUAUCUUCGUAUUCGCUUUUGAAAAUUUGUUUACCUCACAGGUCAGCUACGCUAUUCCUUAGGGUUGCACCCCUCCUAAGAAAAAUCUUGGAUCCGCCGCUGAUUAGUAGACGUACAGCACAAAUUAAACACAAAGGACUCAUAAAAUCAAGCGCGUAAAAGACUUUUAGAAAGGAAAGGGGAAAAAUUGUAUUUGGUGGAAUUUAUUUGGUAGAGCUAGACGUUUAAGAAAAGAUGGGAAAUCCGGGGGGAGGGUGCAGAACAAAGGUAAGGUGCGGCCAAUCUUUCAGGAAAAUUGGGGAGGACACAAAGGUCAUUUUCAGAUCUAACUGAGCCAAAGUUACUCCUUGUUUUACUCUGUAAGUAUAAAAUUCAACACAUUGUUUGACCCAAGUUAUGAGCCUUCGUUCCUUUCCGCAGCACCAAAUUUACACCUGACCUGGGUUGGUUUUUUUGCUUUGUUGAUUUUUGUAUUUUCCUGUUGUUAGGACAAACAGAAGAGACAGCGCAGGUGAGGGAUCGAAAUCCAAGAAAAGACGCACUCGCUUCCCUUC